UUGUUCGCUCAGCUUCCGAGAGGAUCAUGGGGUGGCGGCUUAUGCUGCCCCUCCCAAGAUUUUGCGGCGGUCAGCAUCCUCCGUAAUCUGGCCAUUAAUCAAGGCACGAUGACCGCUACCUAGUCAUCUGUCUGCUCGGUAACAGAAUCUGAUAUGUCUUCCAGAAGAACCGUGAGCUGUGUUUAGGUCAUGUGUUAGACCAACGUUGUGCCUCAUUGCAGUCUUCCAUUUCUCCGCGUCUGUUCCAAGUCAUAAUAUUACGCCAAUCGUAUGUAUUUUGUGAAGAGUUUUUCCGUGCACUGUGCCCAGGAGUUUUCAAAUAGCAGUCUUAUUCUGUGUUUUUGUCAGAGCACCUUAGCUGGAACAUACAUGUUGCUGUGAUAGUACUGUGUUGUUAGUCACUUAAGUGUUCGUGAACAUAGUUUCCAUACGUUUAUUAGUAUGUUGUUUCCUGGAAAUAACAAUGGCUGCCUUCGCCGACGUACAGUUAACGAACGGGUGUUGUUUGAAAGACUGUGGCGUGGAACCUUUCAGGCUAUCGUGGCCGAACAGGGUAUCGGCACUUCUGGUGGCUCAUCAGCGCACACAGCUGUUAAUAUUACAAGGCAUAGUCAAACGCCAUCGAGAUUGGCGGUCAUGGGCUUGGGAAGACGGAGGGAAAGGGGUACCAGUGGCGGUGCUCCUUGUACUGCUGUUGGACAGUGCUGUUGCCAUUGUUUGCCGCCACCCCCACCGCUACCGCCUCCGCCAUUGCCAGCUUCGCCACCUGCCAAUUUCCAGAUAUGUUUACUCACACCACGCAACUCUCGCAAGACACUGCGAUCCGUUAUCAGUGUGCGUGAAACUCAUCAAAUUGCAGAAGCACAGCAGGAGAAGAAUGCUAAGUUGAGAGAGGCAUUUGGCAUAUCAGAGUACUUUGUGGAAGGGAGCAGCUUGGAUCCUCAGCGGCAUGUGAAAGAAGCACAGGCAAAGUCAGCUGCUGAACAGAACAAGAAGUACACAUUGGUGCGCACGCCCAGUCCCAUUGCUGCUGCUGACACAGACAAGGAUAAGGACAAAGAAAGUUCUGAUAAGACAAAAAAAAGAAAGAAGAGAACAAGAGAAAGUUCAUCAAGUCCUGAGGCCAAGCGAGACAAGAAGAAAAAGUCUAAGAAACACAAGAAGGACAGGUCUGAAUCACCUAAACAUUCAAAGAAGAGGGUAUCUGCAAAAGAUAAAAAGAAAGAAAAGGAGCGUCACAAACGACGAAGAUCCUCUUCCUCUUCAGCUGACUCCUCACCAUCAGUGUUAAGUGACAGCUCUGAUUCUAGCAGUGCAUCUGUUUCCAGUGACGACAAACAGCACCAUAGAAAGAAGGAUAAGAAUAAACAACAAAAGGAGAAGGGAGAAAUUAUCUCCAAACACAAGAGAUCUCAUCAAGAGAGGAAACGAGUAGGAAGUGGGUCCAAGAAAAAGCCAGAUACAUCUCAUGAAAGUUCAUCUGAUAGUGACCCUGAAGUUGAAAGAUGGCAUUCCAAGACUCAGAUUGCAGAAAAAUCAAGUCGACGUAACAAAACCCGUGAUUCUUCACCAGUAGUGAAUCAUAGCGCUAGGUCCAAACCACAGACAAGUCAUGGUGGAUCUCGUGAUCAGGGUGCAAGAAACAGUAACCAUGAUAACUCGAAUAAAGUGGAUAGUAAGGAGAGAAAUGAAUCAAGAAGUAAGAAACAUAUUGAGAGUGAUGAUGAAAUAAAGAAAGAAAAAAGAGUAAAGGAGAGAGAAAGAGAAUCAAGAGAUAAAGGAAGGGAGAAGGAUAAAAGGCAGAAAGAAAGGGAAGGCAGAAGGAAGAAGGAAAGUUUGGAAAUGGCACAGCGUCGAAGUAUUUCAUCUGGUGGUGUGGUAAGUCAUUCACGAUCCUCUUCUCCAAAGAAAUCUAAGAGUACUGUACAUAAUUCACAGAAGAAAAGACACUCAUCUCAGUCUCCUAAAAGCAAGCGUGGUGCACGUUUGAGAUCUGCGUCACCUUCAAACAAGAAUCGUAGAUCUAGUCCGCAUAGUACUAGUCGUGCCCGAUCACCAUCUACUAAAAGAGCCAAAGGUGUGGUAGAAGCAAAAUCAUCCCAUAUUUCAGCCUCUCCCAAGAACCGGAAUAGGAAAUCCAGGAGCCAUUCUAGAUCUGCAUCUGUUCAGAAUCAUAGGUCCAGCAAUAAACAAUCUUCUAGAAACAGAAGAGAAGUUCGACACAAGUCAAGAAGUGAAAGCAGGUCUUCCUCAGUGUUAAAUUACAGUUCUGCUAAUGCAAGAGAUAGAAAAAAUGCAUCACGUGUGUCACGUUCUCCAAAAGCAAAACGGGCACGUGAACGGUCAGUGAGCGUUACUGAGUCACCUUCUGUCAAGAACCACCAAUCAAAGAGAAAUAGUGAUGUAAGGAGCAGUGCAGUACAUUCAUCCACUUCCCCCAAAAGAAAACGAUCUCUUUACUCCACAUCCCCCAGAACAGGGAGAAGGCCACACUCUAAAAGCAGAAGCAAAUCUCCCAUCAGUAGCCAUCGUUCAGGAAAGAAUUCCAGAUCUGCAUCACCAAAGUCAGCUCAGCGGCACUCAAGGAGCCACAGUCAUUCUCAUAAUAAAACCGACAAGAAGCAGACAUCACAUUCUCCAGCAUAUAAUCGUCGUCAUGAGCAGAGGGCCAAAAGCAGGACUAAAUCACCAAGUAGAAAUUACAAAGCAACCAGAAAGUCAACUCCCUCACCAAAACAUGGACGUGCGCAGUCUAACCAUAAGAAGAGAGUUAAGUCACCUACACCCACAACCAGGAGAAAAGAUAGUGAACAGAAACGAGGACAUAAAAGCAGGAGUGAUAGCAGCAGCAGUGCAAAUUCAAGCUUGAGCUAUUCUCCAACAGAGAGAAACCCUGAAAGGUAUAAGGAUAUCAUAGAUGCCAAACCUUCAAGCAGUAAGAGUGGUACUGAUGGAAAGACUAGUGAUAGGUCAGCAAAAACGAAAGCCUCACUGAACAAGUCAUCUAGGUCUCGAUCUCGCUCGGAAUCAAGAAACCGACGUCCAACACCAGCAGUGAUCCCUAGGGUUAGACUCCGAUCAACCAGUGGGGAAGAAGAAGAAGAGGAAGAUGAAAAGGAUGUCAAAGAAAAAGAAAAGGAGGAUGAAAAUGAAAUUCAAACACUAAAACUGCUUAAGUCUGGACUUGCAGAGAAGGCCAAGGAAACACUGGAAAAAAAGCUGUCUAAAGUAUCACCAGAUCUCAGAAGUCAGGAAAAAACAGCAUGUAAAGAUGACAAGCUGAAAACUUCCGAUGUGAAGGAAGAGAAAAUAAUAAAGGACCUUGCAGUUACCACAGAUGGAGCAUCUGUGUCAGAUAUUGCGCUUCCUGAGAAAGAGCCUAAAAACAAAGUCAGUGAGAAAAUUGUAACAGAAAAGCAGAUUGUUAAUAUUGUAUUACCAUCAAGUCCUCCACCUCCCCAAUUACCCGUCCCCCACAAAAGUCCUGAACAUCCUCCACCUAUACAACCUUCAGCAAUUCCAAAACCACCAGGGUCACCACCAGUUAGAAAGAACUUGGAAACUGAGAAAAACAGUAUUGAUGGUACUACAGAAAUAUCAAAAAAAGAUACAGCUGUUUUAGAAUCUGGGAGUAUUACCCAAAAGAGACCUCAUUCUCCUGGCCUUGAAGCAUUGCGACGAAGGCAGCAGUCCAAGUCCAGUAGCAGAUCAAGAUCCCGAUCCAGAUCUGAGUCACGAGGUCACAACAAAUCAUCUCGAAAAUCACGUAGCUCCUCACAGUCAUCCUACAGUCGUAGUCCUUCAAGGCGAGACAGUGCAAAGAGCUGGUCAUCUAGUAGCAGUGGAUCCCGGUCACACAGUCGAUCUGCAUCACGCAGCCUGUCACGAAGCAGAACCCAUUCGGGUUCUCGUUCUGUGUCACACUCACGAUCACGGAGCAGGUCUCAUAGCCAUACUGCCAGCACCAAUAGUUCCAGUGGUCAUAGUUCACACAGCAACAGGUCUCACACCCGCAGUCCAUCACGUUCCACUCACAAGAGCCCUAGUGCAAGCCCUCAUACUAGCCAUUCAUCCCGUUCACGGUCACCAUCUAUACCCAGACGCAGAGGAUCACCAAGCUUUCUUGAUAGGAGGCGCAUUACAAGCCGGAAUGUUGGGAAUUCCAGGUCAAGAUCCCCUUCUUCCAGUAGGUGUGGCAGUGGUCCAAAGUCAUCAAGGACCCCUGAGCGGAAACAGGAUUCUCAUCAGUCCAGACAAAAAAGUCGGCGAUAAAUUGUAGCGAUGCUUACCUGGCUGAGACUUUGUUGAUUGAAGUAAUGGAUGUUGACUCUUGUGUGUGACUAACUGAUCUUUUUAGAUUUUGCGGGCUUUACUAGGGCAAAUCUGUUAUUGUAAGUAUGGAAGAAAUGAAUGAGAGUGACUGAAAAUGGUGGUUUCUUUCUAAAAAUAGAAGUGUGUUAGUGUUUGUUUGUAAAUAGUGACAUAUCUCUAUAAUGUCUUACUGUGCAUACCUUGAUGAAAAAUCUUAAUAUGUCAGUGUGUUCUACCAAGAUUGGCAUACCAUUUUGGAUAUUCCAUGAAAACUUAAGAAUUUCAUCUUCCAGUACAUGUCUGGUGAUUGUGCUAUUUCUGUUAACAUGAACCUUGCAAAGUUCCAUUCCAACUUGCCUGCAUUUUGAUGUAAAUCCUUCUUUGUCUUCGACCAUUAUUCUCAUAUCUAAUAUAAGGUGAAGAAGUUCUAGUAUAAACUCAUACUAGAGUAGUUAUGUUAAAUAUUGCACAGAACUUAAGAACUUGCCAGUUUUUAAGGCUGUAAAUGGAUGUACAAGUAUAUCAUUUUAAUUAAUUUUCAAUGUUCCUUUGCAGCAUUAUACAGUAGCUGCAUAAUUCUGUAUUGUAAUAUUUUUAUGAUCCCCAGGUCUUGGUUAGGUUAAUUACUUUUGCCGGUUAUAAUGUUUACAACAUAUUAGUUCAACACCACAUGAUAUUGGCUUGCCAGACCUUGAAAUAUUUUGGCAUAUUGCAAGAUGCUGAUUGUAAAUGGGUCUUUCUAAUUAUUCCCUCUUUAAGAUUUUACAUCAGGGUAUAUUUUUUCAUUUGGAGGUAAGUUUUAAAUGGGAAUUCUUCAUAUUAUUUCCAUCUGGUAGACACAUGCUGCCUGAUGUGGGAAUUACAUGUAGACAAGUAGCAGAAUUGCCUUUGAUUUUGUCAAGUGUUCAUGAGCAUCAUAAAUUUAUAAGUUCUCUAAGCUAAUAAAUGUACAAAUUUGAAUUCUUUUCCAUGUUGGUAGUGUAGAACCUUUUAUUUUCUGUUAACUGAGUGUACCUAAUUUAAGAUGCCUCUGCACUGUAUAUUGCAUGGAGCUUUCCUUUCUUUUUCUGUUGUUUCAUGUGUUGUCCUGUUAUCUGAAAGUUAUGAAGGAGAUGUGAGAUAUAUCAAUAUUAUUUCCUCUGAAACCCUUGUCAUUCAAGAUAUUAAAGAGUUUCAGACAAAUCUUUCGCCCAGUGUUAUCAGGAUAGGCAUGUGUAUGUGAAGGGAUCAGGAAACUACGAAACUUCAUGUGCUAUAUUGAAGUCUGGUGAAACCCAGAGUGGGUUAUGUUUGGGGACUGCAUCAAGAACUUGAUAUAUAAAAGUAUAAUUUUGAUUUAAAAAUGAUCUGUAAGUAUUAUUUCAUUUGAAGAUAAUUUAGGCUCGAUAAAUCAUCAUGAUUUUAUUUCUUUCAUGUCUCUAAAUGCAAAGUGUAAUUGAUAUAGUAUAAAUUUUUAUUGCAUUGUAAAUGAUACUUCAAAGUAAAAAAUAAGUUUCAUAUUUAAAUAAUAAGUACAGUUAUAAUUGGUUUCUGUGUAUUUCAUAAAUAAAUAAAAGCAAUGUGAUUAAUAGCUCAGAGACCAUAAUGCAGAGAGAACUUUUGGUAUUUGUAGGUAUAAGGAAACAAAAUGUGGAAAUGAAAGAAUAAUUUAUUAAAGAUUUUUAUGUAGUCUUUUACCUACUGUAUUACAGUUUUAUAGCUCGUCCUUUCAUCCCUUUGUAGCCAUGCACACAAAAAUACAAAAUGCUGAUGUUUAAUUUUGUUCAAAAAUUCAGUUUAGUGUUCUGACCAUAAUUAGGAAACAGAACAUUUGUGAGUGAAAUAUUCUUUCCAGAAGUUGCUCUAUCGAACAAGAUAAAAGUGCUGUAUUGUUUCUUUAGAUAUCUUGUAGAGUCAAACUGUGUAAAAUAGUUUGCAAAAACAUUUACCAUAAAAUUAUGUUAGCUACACUAACAUUACAAUAAGAUUCCUAUAGGUUUUUCUCUUGUCUCACAGAUGCUUAACAAGUCGUCUCGUAAGUUCUGUAUAGACUUUCUUUUUCGCUCAUAUUCAUUUCAUAUUGCUGGAAGACAGAUUAAGAAACUUUAAUUUAUGUAACACUAGCUAUAUAUUUUGAAUACUUGUUACCAUUCAAACAAAAUCAACUAAUUAAUCCAUGUCUAUGUCAUAGGCAGUGAGUACCAAAUACAAACUGUAAUGGCACACAGCACCUUGUGAAGAACAGAUCCUUACAAGAGAGCUUCAAAAAUAGAUUUAAAUCUGCUCUUAUGAAUAUCAUUCUUGAAUGGCAUGAUUCAGGAAUUGCUAGGCCUUUACUCUUGUAUCAAACCAUGGUGCAAAGAAUGCACAUAAAUAUAAGAAUCUUCUGUUCCCUUGUCAUUUCUGCACAUGCCUGUGGAGGCUGAGAAUGAUGGAAAUGAAAGUGAUGAAGUAGAAUAUACUACAAUAUUCAGAUACAUUUAUAUCUCCAUUCUGUGUUUUUCUUUACUGUAUUAUGCUCAUAGGCAGGACUUGAAGGUGUAAAUGCAAAAGGUAAUAAAAUGCAGUAGAUCACAUUCUGGUUA